UCGAUGUUCGAUGCAUCGAUAGUUUUUCACAUCACUAGUUGAAAUCUUGACAAUUUUCCACACAAGCAAGUAGCCUUUAUUUUGGGUACUUUGAAAAGAAAACAAGAUGCUGUCACAGUCUAUUUUAUCUGGUGUGCGUGUGCUUCGCACUGAGGCCCGUCGUAAUAUUGCUAUUGUUUCGCCAACACUGAACAAGGCUUCAGAUCCCAUCCAGCAACUUUUCUUAGACAAGGUACGCGAGUAUAAACAGAAAAGCACCGGUGGCAAGCUUGUUGACUCUAAUCCAGAAAUCGAACGUGAGAUGAAAAACGAGCUAGAGCGUGUAGCCAAACAAUUCGGAAGCGAUGGCAAGACAGACAUGCUGAAAUUUCCUGAGUUCAAGUUCCCCGAUGUCAAGAUCGAUCCCAUAUCGCAGGGGGCCAACUAAACAGCAACUACAACAACGUUAAUUUUUUAGGUUCUAGUUCUAGUUCAUAGCAACAUGAAAUAAAACAUGAAAACUAAAACCA